AUGUCUUGGGGUCUCUUGGUUUUUCUGUUGCUGGUGAAUUCAGCCCUGCCCAAUGGAAGAGGGGACAGAUGUCAAAAAACCCAACAACACAGAGUUGCAAGAAUAGGAGCUGUAUUUGAUUUCACUUCUCGUGUGGGCAAAGAACAGAGAAUAGCCAUCGAUUUGGCUAUCCAAGACCUUCUUCACUCAAGCUGCCUUACAGUAAACUUAGACCUCAGAGAUUCACAAGGCAAUUCAGCUAAAUCAACUGCUGCUGUAAUCAAUCUUCUUAAUGUCAAACAAGUUGAAGCCAUCAUCGGAACACUGACAAAGCAAGAAGCUGCUCUGGUCUCCGAGCUUGACAAUCGCAGCCAGAAUUUCACCAUCAUAUCGCUUCCUUCCACUGCCAUAAAUCCACCAUCAGCCUCACUUCAACUGCCAAAUUUUCUCCAAGCAGCAAAUGACAUUGUUAUCCAUAUGCAAUGCUUGGCAGCCUUAGUUGGUCAUUUCCAAUGGAGAAAGGUGACUGCAAUUUAUGAACAAAACAUUGACUUUUCCUCCAAUUCUGGAAUGAUAACCCUCCUCUCUGAUUCACUUAAAUUAGUCAACUCAGAGAUUGAACACCACCAAGCUUUCCCAACCCUCUCUUCUCUGUGUGAUCCGGAUGCCUUUUUUGAUGAAGAGCUGAAGAAGUUGAGGUGCAAGAGCAACAGGGUUUUCAUAGUUACCCAGUUCUCUUUAAAUACAGCUGUUUUUCUCUUUGAAAAGGCAAAGGAAAUGGGGAUGAUGGGCAAAGGCUAUGUGUGGAUUGUCACAGAUGAAAUUGCAAGCCUUCUUGACUCUGUUGACUCUUCUAUCAAGUACGACAUGCAAGGUGUGAUUGGUAUCAAAACCAACUUCAUAGAAACAACCCACACUUUCACCAAGUUCAAAACCAGGUUUCGCAGACUGUAUGGACUGCAAUACCCUGAAGAAGAAGAAAACUCUAGUCCAAGCAUCUUUGCUCUUCGAACAUAUGACGCAAUGCACGCCAUUGCUCUAGCCAUGAAAAAUGCUACCUCAAAACAUUUGUCUCAAGAAAUUGUGUCCACCGAAUUCCAAGGUCUAAGUGGCAUGAUGGAGUUCAAGAAUGGCAUGCUAUCACAACAACCAACCUUUCAAAUCAUUAAUGUGUUUGGCAGAAGCUACAGCGAGAUUGCAUUCUGGUCACCAAGCUUCGGUUUCUCAGACGACAUGAACAAACACCUCGAUAUGAAGGAGAGGACUAAUCACAAUUAUGUUCAAGUUUUGGGUCCAAUCAACUGGCCAGGUGGCUUACAAGCAGCUCCAAAGGGGUGGAGUACUCUUGUCGAUGGAGAGAGACCGUUGAAGAUAGGGAUUCCGGCGAGGGGUGCCUUCAAUCAAUUUGUGAAAGUAACGUAUGACCAGGACAAGAAUCAGACACACAUCUCAGGGUUUUCAAUUGAUAUGUUCGAAGCAGCUGUGAAAAACCUGCCUUAUCAGUUGCCUUAUGUGUUUGUUCCCUUCAAUGGCUCAUAUGAUGAAUUGGUGGAACAGGUCUACUACAAGGGCUUGGAUGCAGCUGUUGGUGAUAUAGAAGUCAUAGCUGACCGGUAUCAUUAUGUUGAGUUCUCACAACCAUAUAUAAGCUCUGGACUUCAGAUGGUAGUCACUGUAAAGCCAGAUAAGCUGAAGGAAAAAUGGAUGUUCAUGAAUGCCUUCAGCAAAAGCAUGUGGUUGCUCAUGAUCACUACACACCUUUCUGAGAACGAGUUCAGAGUAAUUGGGCAAGGCUGGUGCUGGCUCCAUGGUUAG